AUGCUUCCCUCGGCUGACUUGCCAGCCGACUGGCCGUCCGGCUCGUCAACCGCCGGCCAGCCGGCCAGCCAGUCGUGCGAUCCACAGGAUCAGCAGCAGCAGCAGGACCAGCAGCAGCAGCAGGACCAGCAACAGCAGCAGGACCAGCACCGAGAUGCCGUGGCUUCCUGGUUGACUGGGUUCUCGCUGGCUCCCGAGCCGGCUGCCUGCCUGGCUGUGCGGUGGUCGGUCUCCGGUGUUGGCACUCCGGCCACCGGAGAUGUGGUGGCCGAUCGCCAGGCCCCACGCCCUCCUGGCCAGCCCUCCUAUAUCACCUCGCCGGGCCUGUCGCUGUGCGAGUGGUCUCCCUGCGGGUAUUACCUGUUGUCAGCCCAGUCCCUGUCGUUGGCGGUCCAUAGCCCGGACUUCUCUUCGCUGGCCACCAGCCCGGGAUUCGAGCCGGAUUUCGCCCAGCCCCCUCAAUGCACCAGCUACAAGGCAGCCACGACCGCCGGCGGCGCGGCAAUCGGCCCUCCCCUGUCACUUUUCCGCUCCCCAUCGGCCCUCCUCGAUGCCCAGUGGUGCCCGACUGCAUCAACCAGCCUCUAUGCCAUCAGUGCUCGGGAUCUGCCGGUUCAGCUGCGCGAUCUGUCCGGCCAGGUUCGCUUUUCCAUCGCGGCCAAGAACCAAUAUGACGAAAUCGAAGCCCCGGCACGCUUGGCCUUCUCGCCCGACUCGCUGUCCAUGUACCUCACCUCGGACGCCGCCUUUCAAAAGUAUGACACAUACUCCGGCCAGCAGCUCGGCGCGUGGGCCACACGGCCUUCUCGCAAGUCCCGCGAGGGCAUCGGAGGCCUUCUUACGGGGCUGGCCGUGCAUCCGACCAUCGGUGGAUUGGUGGCGGUGGGAUCGCAAGCCGGCGGUGUGACAGUGUACUCGACGGCCGACGCCUCAGGCCGGCUUGGGAAAAAGGUUUUCACCGACCCGGCGGCCUUCCGGGCUGGUGCCUCGUCUACCGGCGCCGCCGGGGUCGGGGUGUCGCACCUGGCUUUCGAUGGCGGGGGCCGCCCAUGGCGGCUGUUCGGGGCGUGUCGUCGGGGGGUCGGCUCCCCGGGCGAUGAGGCUGUUGUGGCCGAGUGGGACAUUCGGGCGGCCAGUCAGCCGGUACGGGUGUACCGCGUGCCGGCCAGGCCCGGCGACCGCCCCGGCCAGGCACCCAGCCGGCCAUCCGGCGUGCGCGGCCGGAAUUCCUUCGCUCUGGAGUCGCCGGCCCGGGGGGCGCGGCACCUUCUCCUGGCCUCGCCCGGCCAUGGGGCCCUGCUUUUUGACACCCUGCAGGCCGAGUCAGAGCAGCCUCCCAGCCCGAUCGAGGUGAUUCGCCGGUCGGACGAUUGUGCGGCCGAUCUGUUGUUCCCCCUCGCCAUCCCCGUGCUUUCCGGCUGCUGGGCAGCGCAAACUGACAUGCUCCGCGUCUCCUCGCCUGCUUGAUCGCACUCGCUUUUGGCCAGCUGGCGGCGGGACAUACACACCCAAUGCCUCGAUUGCCUGGAAUCCCACCAAUCCCAGCCUCCUGGCCCUGGCGCAGCCAUGCCCCUUCACAGCGCCACGGCCCGGCGAGGCGGAGGAGGAUGACGCUGACGACGCCGGCAUUCUGCAGGAUCACCUGCAUGCGCUGUCAGUGCACCGGCUUGCGGGCACCUGGCCUGAGUCGGCAUGCUGACACCGCGCCAUGUGUCGCCUCCCCCUCCACCCGUGGCAUCCGGACAAAGAAAAGAAAAUACAAACAGAUCACACUUUGCG